UAGGAGGUAGCAAGCCGAGUCCUGCCGCCUCGCUCCGCGCCUGUGAGUGGAAUGAGUGUCUGAGUGUCGCAUCGGCGCCGCGGUCACUAGAACUAACAUCGUACGCGUUCGCUAGGCCCGCGCCCAACCUGCCGUCAGUUGCUGCCAUCGUCGUGUCGGCAACGAUCGCUGCUUCAACGUCUGUUGGUGUCGGUUCUGUUAUUGUUGUCGUUGCUACUGUGGUUGUUGUCGUCGCUGUCGUCAGCACCGGCGACAGCGAUGGCAGUGCGAGCGAGUGAACGCCGGUAUCGUCGACAUCUCCCCUCAAGAAUGAUAGGGUCUCUGUGCCUAUUUCCGUUGGGAGCCUCCAGAUGGCGCUUGCGGCCGCCCCUCACCCUGAUCAUGAAGUCCCGCCCUGCCGAUCGGGUUUGGGCGGGACAUCACACCUCUUUCGAUCUAGCUAGCCGGCUAGCCAGGGAGCACCACGAGCAUUUCUUGGCUUCGAAGGCAGCAGCGGCAGCAGCUUCAGCGGCGCGGUGUUGUUGUUCAUACUGCUGACGACAAGCUGAUUUUGCCUGUUAGUUAUAUGCUGUUAGUGUUCCGAAGAGGUCGCAGCUCCGAAAGAGCGAUCGACACAGAGAUAUAACAGACACAAACAAGCUACAACGGGAAGGCGUCGCGCAAUCCGCAGAACAGACAGCGCCGCUGAAGAGUGAAUGCUACUGGUGCUGCUCCUGCUGACAAACCACGACGCAGUCACUUAAGUUGCUGCUGUUACUACUACUAUAUAACGACCCGUCCUACUUUGAUUGGAGAAGGACCCGGCGAACAGCUGAACGGCUCGACGAUCGCCUGUACAGCACUACAGACUGGGUGCUUCGGCUGAGUGUCACGAUUGUGUGUCUGUGUGUUCAUCUGUUUGUACGUGUUGAAACCUGCGUGUCAAAGGAAAGAAUAUAGGUAACAACAAAAAGAACAACAGCAUUAGAGACUGCCCCUGCUAAAAAAAAGUUAAUGACAUCUUGUGUGUCAAAUUCGAACUCAAGGACCAAACCAAGCCACUGACUAACAAGAAACAUCCCAUUCAAUGACUGAGCUGUACAGAAGCAAAUCAGAAUCAGCAAUCUACAGAAAUAGUAACGACAGAUAUUUAAAUAGUAAUUAUAGGAUCCAUAAUUACAACAAUCACUCGUAGUGUGAACUUAUCCAUAGAAGUUGACGUAUGUUAGAAAAAACAGUUGACUCCGGUGUGCAUGUGCAAAUCAUCAUUGGCUGCAGCUGACGAAGAAAUCGUAAAACGAAAAACAGUGCUAAAUUGUGCUGUGGUGCAGAAUAAUUCCAGCGUGUCCUGAUCGUGUGUAAUCCGACGUAUCGUCAUCGCAAUCACGUAACAUUGUUGUUUUAGUCAUCAAGCCGCACGAGCUAGUAACUGUGCCCUUUACCUGAAUAGUUAGCAAAGUAAAAUCGAACGGGGCUGGAACCUGAUCAGAGGUCUAGAAUAUACGAUUUAUUUAUUUUGUUGAACCGUGACCACUUGAUGCGCGCCCUUGGCGCAGUGGGGGUCUCGCAAUGAUUCUCUCGGACAAUUCAUCGCUUAGCCUGCACGCCCUUAGUGCAUUACACGCAGCCAAUUUCAAUCUGAGUCUUAGCCUUCACGCCAACGGUGAACUCGGCUCACCGAACGGCACAAUGAGCCGACAAACGAGCUCGCCUAAGGCAACCGACUUCAGCAUUGCAGCCAUUAUGGCCCGAUCUGCUUCUCCCUCAACCGUAACACCGUCCCCUAGUUCCUCUCCGCAGCCGUCUUCGCUUCCAUCUUCCUCGUCGCCAACACCCUGUGCGGCGCCACCGAAAGCGAAAAAAAGAAAAAUGUCCUCUUCAUCGUCAUCGCACCCUGAUGACGAGAAGACACCGUCUGGACCAAACCCGUACGCAUCUUUGUUGCGCGGCGGAUGCAAUAGCCCAGCACUGGAGAAGGUUGAGUGCCACCUCGAGAACAGGGACCUCUGGGAGAGGUUUAACGAGCUCGGCACUGAAAUGAUUAUCACCAAAACAGGAAGGAGGAUGUUCCCAACGGUCCGCGUAUCGUUCAGCGGUCUACCGGCGAUCUCAGCGGAGCACCGGUACCAUGUGCUACUUGACAUCGUCCCGUGCGACAACAAGCGUUACCGGUACGCUUACCAUCGUUCGUGCUGGCUGGUGGCAGGCAAGGCUGAUCCACCUUCGCCGAACCGUCUUUAUCAGCAUCCCGACUCCCCGUACGCCGCCGAUCAACUGCGGAAGCAGGUCGUCUCCUUCGAAAAGGUCAAACUUACCAACAACGAAAUGGACAAGCAAGGACAUAUUGUAUUGAACUCGAUGCACAAGUACCAGCCGCGUAUCCACCUGAUCCGGAGACGCGCCUCGGCAGCCAAUAAUCCAAUCGGUAACGUCGACGAUGAAGAGUGCACAACGUUCGUCUUUCCCGAGACGACGUUUACAGCCGUGACCGCUUACCAGAACCAGCUCAUCACUAAGCUCAAGAUCGACUCGAACCCCUUCGCCAAGGGAUUCCGCGAUUCGUCUCGACUCAGCGAUCUCGAACGCGAGACCAUGGAGAGCAUUCUCGGUGACAAUCCAUUCAGUCGACUCAUGGCCGACCCUAGCGGGCUGUCAGGACACGAGGUCCUGUCAGGACUUCCUGGUGCCCCUGGCCUAACGGGAGCCGAUCCUACUGCCUAUCUGCAACAUAUGGCGGCUGCCUAUGCCCAGCAGCUCGCUCUAUUCGCGCAGCAUGGGCCGCUUGGAGCCGCAUCCAGCGCCCCGUCCAGCGCGACAGCCGAAGCCAUUCAACAACAACAGAUAUACGCCUUACGAAUGGCUGCCCUCAGUCAAGCCGCCCUCGUACAAGCAGCCCAGCAACAACAGUUACGUCAAAGUCCCCCGGUAUCGGCAUCGCGUUUUAGCCCGUACCCUCUAACACGGUCCACACCGCCACUCAUGUCACCACCGCCUUCGUCUGUUGGCCAAGCAGGAGUACCACCACUACAAAGCCAGACAGGCGGUCUUUGCUUGUCUCUACCACCCACGCCUGGUCGUUCGAGUCCCCAAAUUGACGUGUGCUCGCCCUCGCCAUCUAGUUCCCCUGCGCCUGCCUCGCAUUCACCGUGAGCGGAGCUGGAAGUAACGUUACGACCAGAAGAAUCUUGCGCCUCGCCCCCACCUCCCUGCAUUCACAUGCCCCGUGAUCCCAUUGUCGCAAAAUAAUCCCGAUGAUCUCUUAAGCCUGUUCGAGAGCCUACAUUGUGCGCGUUGCCAACAAGAACGGAAACUUAGCAAUGGCCGCGUCUGGCAGAAAGAAAAGUGUUGCCCUAAAAAAAGGUCCUAUUAAUUAUAUUUGCAUAUUAUUGACACUAGAUUUAAGGCGUUCACUACAACUUUAGCCUUUGUCACGCCAUCUUUGUUGUACUGGUAUCGUACGCGACCACUGCUGCGUGCCGUUAAGCAGUUAGCAACCAAACGCUCGAAUGACGACAAUAGCACGCGCAUGUAUAGCACCAACAAAAAGGAAACAAAUGACCCUUGAAUAGAAGUAAUGGUGGCAUUCGCACAAGCACAUGACUUGAGCCGUGAGCCCGUCGUACGCAGUCGAUAAUAUGGGAGGUCUGAAGUAAACUGAGACAGAUUUUCGGCAUCUUCCUGACAACUCUGGCCGGUGAAAUGCGAUGCAGUAUUAAUAAUAGACAAAACAAACGAUACAGACAGACAAAGAGGACAAACCUCUACAAUGAAUAAAUCUACCUAUACAUAUUUAGGUAUAUAGUGUCACCGCUUGGUCAACGGGGAUGCAUGUUACUACUAAUAGGUGGUGGCUCGUCAACGACGACGAUAGUUUGGUCGCUCUCAUCAGUAGACGGUAAACAAUUUGACGCAGAUCUAUAUAUAUAUAUGCACUUCCGUUCGGAGCGAGUGCGUCCGCCAUUCCGUAGGCAAUAAUACAGAAGGCAAUGAGGUACACGAAACGAUAAUCACGACGACUGAAGUAGUGAUACUCAGACAGUGUAUAUGUGAUGUGAGUGUAUGUGUGAGCAUUCGAACGUUUGUCUCUUCGCAGAAAGAUAUACAUAAUACGGAUAGCGCUAAAUAAAGAGUGCGACGACGCCAACGGUUUUUGAAGGCCUGUGGCCCCGCCGCAAUAUGUAAUGCCAGGGAUAUUGCAGCCAAUUCGACCCGCACACACACACACACCCGCAGACACACACAUCGGCACCUAAACAAUAUGGUAUAAUCCGCUCGCUACCGUAACGACGUGCAGCGGUUGUAAGGAGAUGACGGGUGCCGGAAACACCGACAAAAUCCUAGUUCCCAAUGAUAUCCUGUUAUGUAUAAUAAAAAGUACAUAGUUACAUAUUACAUUAUAAUUAUGGCUAUAAUCACUAUUGCUAUUAUUCAUAGCACCAAUGGUAGUAGUUAAUGCUUUAACACUCGCCCAUCAAUUGGACCGAGCCAUAUUUCUUUUCUGAUCGAUCGUGGCGAACACAAUGGCCUCGCACAUAGUGAGAUCGGCGGCCUCCACGGCCCUGGCUGAAUCACGAAAAAGGAAACGACAAUAACAAUAAACACAUACGCGCCCACACACACACGUAGCUUUCUUUAUUCACACAAACCGUUCACGAACACGUACAGACCGGAAUAAGUGGUCCUACCUCCUAGAUGCAAUCUUGUACAUAUUGAUGAUAAUAGUAGUAGUAGUAGUAGUAGUAGAUUAACGAUAAGAAUCUAUGAUGAUAAAGAAGAGGUCGUGUCUGUGUUCGCAACCAGGCAGAGACACGAAGUAUCCCCAUGUUGAUGUCAAACGAAUCCGCCAUCGCUGGGAGAAGAUGAUGACGACGAAAUUAAACUGGAUCUGUCGUUGUGGUGGUGUCUAAUCAGUGGUAAUAACGAUCAUUACAUUGAUAUUAAUUACUCGAGGAAAAAAGACGCAGACGAAUGGAAAAAGGAACGUAGCGUAUUAAAACAUCAUGACAAAGUUCUUCACGAAGAAUGUGGCAAUAGACAUGGCUAGGUAUACAUGAUACGACGAAAGAUCAAAGGAAACGAUAUUAUUUAUCUUCCAUUGUCUUCACACGACAGAAUUAACAAUGGACAAUCUGCUAACAAACAAAAAUGCAAAAGAAACAAGUGUUAAGAGUACGAAAUCGGGCCGAGUAUUAGUGAAUUCACUUCACAAGAGCCACUAUUAAGGUGAAAAUAGCAAACGCUAGAAAUAAAAUCUGAGAACACUUUAGUAUACAAUCUAAAAUGGUUGAGGCCUACAGGAAAGGACAAUGACUUAACGAUAUGACACGACGAAGAAUGGCUUGUCCUAGAUGUCUGCUUGAAGUUUUCAGCAGG